AUGAAACUUCACCUUGCUGCUGUCGUAGCUGGGAUCGGAGCUGCGCAUCAAGCGUUAGCAUUCCCCCAUCUAGGUGCGAAAUUCGAGCAGAAGCAUUCGCGAUCUAUGUUCAGCACCAUCAAGAAGCGCAUCAACGGCAUCCUUCCAGGGUUCGACGCAGAAGCUCAGCGCAUCGAUGUCUCAGGCGAUCAUGCUUUCCUCCCACCCGGCCACGGCGACCUUAGAGGCCCCUGCCCUGGCCUGAACGCCCUCGCCAACCACAAUUACAUCCCUCACGAUGGCGUUGCCACCAUCGGCGAAUUUGUCGAAGCCACCAACAAAGUCUUCGGCAUGGGCAUUGACCUCGCCACCUUUCUCUCCACCUACGGCGCCGUCAUGGACGGAGAUCUGACAUCUUGGUCAAUCGGCGGUCCGCCACCAGGGGGGCUCCUCUCAGGCAUCCUAAGUCCUCCACGCGGCAUCAGCAAUUCCCACAACAAAUACGAAAGCGACGUCUCUCCUACCCGCGGCGACCUCUACCAAUACGGCAACGACGACCUAGUGCAGGUGCCACAAUUCGCCGCGCUCUACGCCAAACAAUCGCAUGUCCCCGACGACCAGGCCAACUACGACCUCGACGUCCUCACCGACUUCCGUGUCGAGCGCUUCCAGCAGUCCAUCGAAAACAACCCUUACUUCUUCAACGGCCCCUUCUCGGGCGUCGCUGUCCAGCCCGCGGCCUACACCUUCAUCUUCCGCUUCAUGGGCAACAAGUCGGCCGAACACCCCGAAGGCAUCCUCAACAAAGAGGUGCUGAAAUCCUUCUUCUCCAUCACCGGCGACGAGGGUGACUUUACCUACACGCCGGGCCACGAACGCAUCCCCGAGAACUGGUACAAGCGCGCCCUCGGGGACGAAUACACCAUCCCCUUCUUCGCACUGGAUCUCAACACAAUCGCGCUGGCGCAUCCGCAGUUCCUCGACAUCGGCGGCAACACCGGCACGCCGAAUUCAUUCACGGGCGUGAACCUUCAGGAUUUGACCGGCGGGGUGUACAAUGCCAAGAACCUCCUCGAGGGCAACAACCUGGCCUGUUUCGCCUACCAGGCCGCGAUCCUGAAUGCUCCCGACCUGCUGAAGGGGCUCUUGAGCGACGUGACGGGUGCGGUCAAUAAAAUCACUGAUAGUCUGGGAGACACGCUGGUCCAGCUGGGCUGUCCACAGCUGGAGAAGAUAGAUGAUAGCCAGCUCAGCCAGUUUCCUGGCUAUACGAAGCUGAAGGGCGAUGGCACGUACUAG